GGUGUGCGCGGCGAAUAUCGCCAUGUGGAUGGUUCUUCUCCUAACAGCCCGUCAGAUUUGGCAGUUUUCCAAAGUUCGCGAAAAGUCGCCAAAAGCUGUGGACCAGAUACUGGAUAUGCUACUGUUGCCCAUCAACUACGGUUUCCUGUGUGCUCUCUGUGUGCGGAUUUUGAAGCUGGAAAACACCGGGCAAAAUCGGACCAUCGUCAGCGCCAUGAUCGACAGCGCCGACAUUUGGGAGGCAUGGGCUCUAUGGUCAGUCUUGAGAUUGUUCGUCAGGAUUGUCGAUAAGGGAUCCAACCGUAUGGUCGAGCGCGAGAACGACUUCCGGCAGCAGCAGCUGGACGUUCAGCGGCAGAACCAGCAGUUGCGACACCGAAGCGAGCAGAACUCGUUGGCAGCUGCCCGCGCUUCCAGUCUCGAGAACGGGCCAGGGCCAGGGUUUUCGACGGAGGACUUGGAGGUAGACACUCGGCCUCGACGUAGCAUUAGCUGGUCGCAUUCCGUGCGCUCAACGCCUUCGAAGGAACGCAGCCAACGUGUCAAUAGCGAUGAUACGCCGGUGGGUGACCGCAGUGACCGCGAUAACCCACAAGAGGCAGAGGAGUUCACCCGAGCUCAAACCAUGAAAUCGACCGGCACGCCCACGGAUGCCUCGCAGUUCCGGCGGCAUAGCGUUCCAGACCUGGUGCCCGAGCCUGCGGAGGAGAAUGGCGAGGAGAGCAACGGCUCCCAGAUUGCAAUCUCCACGGAGUUCUCCCCGGACACAGGAUCUAUCGGCGAUGAUCAUGAUCAUGCUGCCGUGGGCACGGGGUAUCUGGAGGUGGUGAGUGCCUUCAAGCGAUUGAGUCUCUCUGGAGUACAGGCAUGGGUGGCCAUUCUAUUGGUGACCACCUUUGGAGAGAUCAUCUUCAAGGGCGUUCUGGCUCCCACCAUGCCGACCCUCUGCUAUCACGCCUAUGGAACAUGUGACUCCUGCAACGUGUGGUACGAUAAGCACAUCUACGCCAGUGCACAAUUGAUCAUCUACAUUUUGUGUUCCGCUGCGUUGCUCUUCGUGAUCGCCUUUGAACGCGUCUCUCGCCAAGUUUAG